UCGAGCCGUCUGAGAAGCAAGAGCAGCACGCUUCUGGCGCCCGGAGCAUUUUCCAGCUCUUGCCUAGUCUGCUUCUGGCAUCUACGCACCGGCUGGCCUAAGCGCGAGCCGAUGGCAUGAGCGACGGAUGCUCUCGCAAUCGAGCAGAAGCCUUGCAGACGUCGGCACUCGGCUCUCCACAUGUCCCGGCCCAGGGCCUUGUCCGUCAUGGGGGCUCGGCACGAUCGCGUGCUGGACGCGUCGUCGGCAUCCGGCACCUCCUGCGCCCGCCCCCAUGCAUGCGCGCGUACAGCUUGCAGCCUGCAAGGUGCCGGCUGAGUGCUCUGCGCCCGCUCCCGCUCCGCCUUGCCUUGCCUCGCCUCCAGCGCGCAGUCAGUCAGCAGCGACAGCACAGUGAGGCGCGGCACAUCCUCUCUCCCGAUGGCAGCGAGUCUGUGCUGCUGAAACGUCGCCUCAGAGGCGGCUCGGGCGAGCGUGGGCCAACGAAGCGCGAAAUCUGCAGCGCUGAACCUCUCGAUGCGCUGCGGCUGCACGUCGCUGCAAGAGCGUGCCGACGUGCAGCGUUCGCAGCGACAAGCGUCGAGCUCCGCCUUGUCCGGGCGUCGCUUCUGCCUUCGCAUCCGCUUGCGCUGGGAACAGAGUUCAAGCUACGAGUUGCCAGCGGUGUCGCUGCGGCUGUCGAGCGAGGCAUGCCGCCGUCGCCGUCACAUCACGGUCGAGGUCUCGUCCGCCCGGCGCACCCUUCAGCUUGACGAUCCUUGCUUGCUGCCGCGGCACGGCCCGCAGGCACGGCGCCAGCGCUGCAUCCUGCCGACGCUAGCGCAUCUCUUGGGAAGGCCCAUCGCCGCCCC